AUGGCUGUGGAUCUCUCGGGUGCUGUGCAAUGGUGGGAAGAGUGGCAGCUGCGCAUCCUUGUCCUCGGCAGCCUCUUCUUGCAGUUCGUCCUCUUCAUCGGCUCAAUGAUGCGCAACGCUCGCACCCCCAUGUUGAGGCUGUGCAUAUGGCCCGCCUACCUUGGCGCUGAUGCCCUGGCGAUAUAUGCACUCGCCACCCUCUUCAACCGCCACAAGCAGCCGCCGGCCGCCGGUGGGAGGAGCGGCGCCCUGGAGGUUCUCUGGGCGCCGGUCCUCCUCAUCCACCUUGGUGGCCAGCACACGUUUACGGCGUACAGCAUCGAGGACAACGAGCGGCACCUCGUGACCCUGGUGUCGCAGGUCACGGUUGCCCUGUACGUCUUCUGCAAGUCCUGGCCGGCCGGUGGCGACAAGAGGCUGAUGCAGGCGGCGAUCUUGCUCUUCGUCCUCGGCAUUGUCAAGUUCGCAUGUAAGCCAUGGGGUCUCAAGAUUGCAAGCAUCAACAGCGUGAUGACAUCUUCAGCUAUCUAUUCAAAAAGAAGACAAGGAAUGUUACAGGAGAUCUGUGAGUUACUCUGCCUUUCCGCUCAAACUAGGUAUGAUUCUUUUGACGAUGCGGAAGCAAUGAAAGAAGAGGAGGAGCAUGAUUUUUCGCUUGAAGAACAUGUACAGGUCACGGAGAUAGCUGAACGCAGUGAAAAGAUGGCAUUUGCCAAAGACAUCCAGAGGCUGUUUGUGGACCUGUCGGCUCCAUAUUAUCGUCGGCUAAGAAACCUUCACUCCUACAUCAGAUUCGAUAUUUUUAACAUAUAUCAUAAUUUGAUGUUCCACCUCUGGCUUGCAUUUGCUUCCCUGGAGUUCUUACCCUUGUUCCUCAGCCCUUGCAUCCUAGGAAGUUUUUUAUGCGCCACCCCGGUGACGGGAGCCGAGCAUAAUCUCAUGUCGUUCUACACUCGUCGAAGCAAACCCACCCUGUUGAUGAGAAUUUCCGCUCUCAUGGGUCUCAGCAGUUAUAUUAACAAGCAUUGGUACAUGGAGCAGGGGCCUCAAUACGAAUAUCUUCGUAUCAUAGAAUUGGUUGUCGAGCAUGUGAAACAAGGGUGGAAACUAUAUAUAUUUGGUGCUCCUAGUUACCAGAGAUUUUGCAAUCUCAGGGGGCAGUGGACGGUGAGCAGGUACAGGCUAAGCGGGCGGCAGCUGUUGUGGAGUUUGAAGGUGCCGUUUGACCGGAGUGUCCUCGUCUGGCACAUAGCCACUGAGCUCUGUGCCUACCACCCCAGGACAUCCGCCCAAGACCAAGCUGAUCUCGCUCGCUACAGCAGGGCAAUAUCCAACUACAUGAUCUACCUGCUCUUCGUUCAACCAGAGAUGCUUAUGCCUGGGACCAGGCAGGGUCUUUUCACGGCCGCCUGCGAUGAAACCGAGCUCAUGCUCAGCUAUCUCAGUGAGCCUACAUUGCCAAAUGAAGUACACGUGGCCGAGCAGAUUCUUGCCACAGCACGGUUUCCCUUGGUAUAUCCUGGGACUUUGGUUCCGGAAGCACGGGAUCUUGCCGAGGAACUGAUGGGGCUGCUGGACGACGAAGAGGAGAGGUGGAAGGUGAUCCAGGGCGUGUGGGUGGAGAUGCUCUGCUGCUCCGCGCCAGCAGGUGCAGGGGCUACUUACACGCCAAGAGCAUGGGUGAAAGCCUGGAGUUCCUCACCUUGGUCUGGCUCCUCCUGUCACGGAUGGGGAUGGAGACCUUCGCCGACAAGUUCCAGAGGCCCGGGCCUAGCCAAGGAGAAGAUGAUAUCGUCACAGGCUCUUGUAACUGGAGCAACUCAGCAAUCUAAGAUCGUGCCGUACCUGCUGGUGAACCCACCUGUGCCUGUCCACCUCUUACCCUUAUGCAGUUCGAUAGCCAGCCUUGCUGCGAGGCUUAAUAAAGAGCAAAACCAUGGCUAUCAACCUGGGACGACUAUCACAGUCUCACAGAUAAGCUGA